CUCAUCGCAAGAAUAAACAAGCCAGCGCGGAUUCAUUUCUUCGCUUCUAUAAACUCGUCAUUUCACCUCAAAUACUACUCUUUCUCCCCGUCUUCCCUAUCGAAAGCUACCUUAGGCUCCGCUCAAAGCUAAGCACCAUGGCCGAAAUAUCCGUGGUCAUCUGCCUUGACGGACACGACGAAGACGUACCACAUUGGUGUCUCUGGACCCUCAGUGAUGGUGGUGACGAGCUCAUUUUCGAAGCGCUUGGGGUCACUGGUUCAAGCUUUCACUACAACAGCAUACCUGUCGUGAUGGACAAAUACGCAAGCGUUAAGCAAACUCAUCGCAUUGGGCGUAUCGAAGCGGAUGUCUGGGGCGAGAUCCCGGGUAUUCUCGAAGGACUACCGAUGAGCGAAGAAACCGGGUGGAACUGCCAAAACUGGGUUAUGCAGGCCAUUAACAAAUUGCGGGAGGUAGGCUACUUGGAAGUAGACGAGAGAGGGAUAGCUUAUCUCGAAGAGAAGAUUCAGGAGAAGCAAAAGACGUAUUAUUAAAUUACUAGCGUACUAUGGAAGAAAAUCAUACGAUAUUUGUGCUUAAUAGUGCUGAUAAACUCGGUCAUCUCUGAUCAAUUGUCCGGGGUGAUAUAAUUGAGCCCUAAUAACAUAUUCAAAUGACAAGCGACGAAAAUAUUGCUUAGACUCAUUAAUGCAAUGUAAUAAAAGUAGAUAGUCAGUAUUGAA